AUGAACGCCAGGAACAAUAUAUUUCAGAUUCUCCGGCAGGAGGAUAAGAUAAAGAGGAAGUCGAAGCAGCUGAAGGAGAGUCAGCAGAAGAAGGAGAAUGAGAAGAAGGACGCCAGCAGCUUUUCCUUCGAUAUCAGCAAGUACUCCUCCUGGGCAGACAUGGUAGACGAAUACGACGAGUUUUUCUACGAGGUGGAUAAGCUGAAUGACCAGGAGAAGAAUGGAGCAAAUGAAAACAAGGAAAAGAAAAAAAAAACGAAAAAAAAGAAAAAAGAGGACGAAUAUAGUGAUGACAGUAGUGAGGAAGACAAGGAGGAUACCGAGCAACCCGCACAGGACGACGGGGAUAAUGAAGAUAAGCUAAAGAAAAAGGAGAAGAAGAAAAAAAAAGAAAAGAAGAAAAAGGAAAAGAAAAAGCAGGAAGAACUGAACGACUCACUCAAGAGGGAGGAGCUGGGACUGGCUGCCCCUGGAGAUGUGGUUAACGAGGGGGCCAACGCGGUCGCCAAUGUGGUCGCCAACGGCGAUGCGGGCACGCCCCACCCCAAGGAGAAAACCCCAAUCGCAGUGAACGAAAAAUUAAAAAUGCUCCUCAGCAUGACGUCGAAGAAGAAAAAAAAAAGAGAAAAAAUCGACGAUAUCAUUGCCAUCGUGGAGAGAGAGGAAAAUAUAAAAAAAAAACAGCAGGACAAAAUCAAGCAGAAGGAGAAGCAGAAGUUAAAGUUGCUCCAGAAAUCGAUGCAGUGA